ACCGCACUUGCCGUCAUUUCCAGGGCGGGGAAUAUCGGCAAUAUUGUGCCGGUGGAUGCACCCACUCCCGGUCUACCCACAACCCCUGUCCAGUGCCAAGGCUUGAUGACUAUAUCCGCGACUCGAAGACCAGGGCAAUGCCAUAGUCUGCCCUGAGCUGUUCAUUAUGGAACGGCUCUUUUCGACAUCCAAAGUCACAGUCGAGUACUUUGAUCCCCACGACAUCUACAAGUUGAUUGCGCCGGGUCUCAUUCCCCGGCUUCCCCUCCGCGAUCUCCACUGGCGCUCACCUGCCCGCCCUCUCCGAUCAAUACGCAGUCUACAUAUCGAGCUUGUGCCGUCGGGCGCCGAUCCAUCCUCGGUCACCUCCCCUCUCACCUCUACGACUAGCAGAGGUCAAGGCCUGCAGCGCUGCGAGAGCCUCCCCGGUCGCGAUGAUGGCUUCCAGACAGCAUCAAUUGGUGGCCAACUAGGGUCUCCCGACUACCUCGAUGCCUCCUCGUCGACUCUUCGCCUGCCGGGUGCUGGCAGAGAGCGACGACAUCAAAUUCCCGGCCUGCGGCGUACCCCCUACCUCAAGGUCCUGCUCGUCAGGUGCGACGAUAACGAGACGUACAAAUCCCAGACCCGAGCUGAGAUUCGCGAAUGGAUCAAGACGCAGACCGCAUCGUCAGGGAGCACCAAGAAGUCGAGUACGGCAGAGAAUCAUGACGCCUCCGAGUGGCUGAUCAUUCACGUCGUGCUACCCAAUACCGCCGCGGCGACUCAGCCACGGAUAACGGGGGCCAAGGGUAGCUCCGACUCGAACUUGGAUAUCAGUACUAAGAGUAGUUCGACGUCGAGAUGGCGUGGCGGGGCUAAUACUCUGCUGGAAAAGCUGAGAAGCGACUUCAACAGCUCUGGCAAGAACCCCACAGACCGGGUCGUGCAGAUCCGCAUCGGCAUCAACGAUGUGCCAUAUGAUAUCUUGCCCCGAGUGGUUCCAGCCGUCCCUACGGGCUACCAAGAGACGGAACAAGACACCGAGAAUGCGUGGGCAGAAUUGAUCGCCAAAUUCAAAAGCCUGAUCCUGUCGAGCUUCGACGUGCGCGUCAGCCAGUACGAGGAGGACAUCAAGGAAAAGGACGCCCAGAGGAGCCUCCCGGGAUGGAACUUCUGCACCUUCUUUAUCCUGAAGGAAGGGCUUGCCAGGGGCUUCGAGAGCGUCGGCCUUGUGGAGGAUGCCUUGGUCGGAUACGAUGAACUCAGUGUCGGCCUAGACCUGGUCAUCCAGGAGCAGGCCAUAUCAGGUUCGGCCGAGGCUCAUGGCGGCUCAUUGCUCGGUUUUACGGACGAGUUGAAGGAGCUCGCACAAAGAUCUCUGGCACAGGUAGCCAGCGGCAACAUGGAUUUUGCCGACGAAGAGGCAGUCAACCUCCAGUCGUCGGAAGACGGCCCUACAGACCGGUUCGACGAGAUCCCUAUUGCUUCGACAAAGAAGCCAUACCGUGACUUGAUCCUGGCAAACAAUGUAUCGGUGUACGACUUCCGAUGCUACAUCUUUGCCCGGCAGAUCUCGCUCCUCCUGCGGCUCGGAAAUGCGUGGUCAACCCGCGAAGAGCUCCUUGCUAAGCUCAAGGAACAGCAGGAGUCCGUCCUGCACGGUGUGGCUCCUCGUGCUCCGCCUCCCAAGGCGACAGACGAGUCCGAGAACCUCUCCAUGCUAGCUGAGAUCUGCAGGAGGACCCUGGAGUUCAUCCCUGCCGUUUCGCAGGUAAUGAGGAGAGAUAUCGUCGCCGCCAUGGCACCAAAAGCAAAACCAGACGGGGAGAAGCCCCCGUCCGAGCCCCCCUUGGAUCCGGCGCUAUUGGAGACAAUCGACAAUAUCGUGGCCUCGUUCGCCUUUUCAGUUGCGCAACAGAUCCUCGCCCAAACAUCAACAAAGGCCCUCCCCAUCCCCCCAUCAACGAUAGGCUCGUCAGAUGCACAUGAGCCGAAAGCGGCCAUUCCGGAACCCAAAACCAUGAUGCAUCCUGCCCGGAGCUCAUCACUCCACGUCCGACCCAGUGCCACCACCGAUCGCGGUCCGCCAAGUCCAGGUAUCUUUCCCGGCCCAGGUCGAAGGGCGAGUGGCCCUGAAGUGGGUGGUGUCAAUUCCCAAUUCCUGAAAGCUGGCCUGGAGAACCUCGCGGCGCGUAGAGCCGAGCUCUACACACUCUGUCGCAACAUACUGGAGGAGUGCGGCAAGAGGAGAGGCUGGAGUGAUGGAUGGGACUCGGCUCCCAUUCUGUGCGAGACCGAGAUCGUCGAGUUCGAGAACGUAAGUCUGGAUGACGACGGUGCAGAAUCGAAGCUCGCGCCAAAGUCGUCUGACGCCACGCCAGCCUCGACGGCAGCCUCGCUGGCCGGAAUCGCCAACGAGCUUCUCCGUACAGCCCUCGAUAACAAAGAAGACUUCUACCGCCUGUACGAGACCCUCACCGACAAAGCCCUACGGCACUAUACCGUUGCCAACCAUACACACUCGGUCCAGGCCAACAUGGCCGACCUUGCUGUUCUGAAAUUCCAUCUCGGAGAAUACACGGCAGCAGCCGCUUGCUUCCACCAGACUACACGUUUCUACGGCGAGAGCGGAUGGAGCCUUCUGGAGCUAUCCCUGCUAGCGAUGUACUCGCAUUGUCUGCGUGAGCUGCAACGAAAAGAGCUCUACACCGAGGCCCUCCUCAAGCUCCUGUCAAACGCUGCGGCUGCGGAGAUGGAUAAGAUGCAGCAACAUUCAUCAAUUCGAGUAAAGCCGGAGACAGGAUUGCGAUUCCCUGAUCAAUCGGCAAUAUCGGGCUUCUUGAGCCGUCUCUUGGCUGCAUCAAGCUCAGUUGGCAAGGAGAUAAGGACUCCAUUGGCCAACUUCUUCUGCAACAUCGAGAUAGACGAUGCCCCUGUCCAUGACCAGGGCCAAGAUAGCUUCUCCCUGACACUGCAUCUGCGCAGCUUGCUGGUAGAUGACUUUGAGCCGGAGACGGCUCGGCUGAAACUUGUUAGCCCAGCUGCUGCUGGGAAUAAGGAGAUAUGGCUCCAAGCCAAAGACCUCGUGGCUCUCAAGCCCGGCAACAACAAGCUACGUCUGAGCAGCAAUACGAUAAUACCUGGCGAUUACGAGGUCGGGGAGAUCGUUUUGUCGGCCAACAACUUAACGCUGCACCAUGAGCGCAGCUUCGGCCAGGCCCAUGACAAAUCUUUGACGAUACUCAAGAACCCCCGCGUCACGGUUUAUCAGCGAGCCAGCGGCCUAGAUGUGCGACUCACAGCAGCGAAAAGCAUCCAGCUUGACCGGAACAACUCGCUUGAACUUGAAGUCCUGACCGGCUGGAACGAAAUCACCACCUGCGAGGUGCGGAUCAAGUGUGCAACAGGCGGCCUGCGCCUGAUAAUGAGCGAGGCCAAGGUCUCUGGGCCGCACCAACCAACCGAGACACCCGAAGGGGGGGGUUCUUUCACCUUCGGCGCCGUCCCCGCGAGGUCAUGUGUCAAAAUCAGGUUUCCGUUCACCCUUGAGCAGGACAUGCUCAGCCUUUCUGUCAAGGUCGAGGUGUCAUACACCACUGAUCGUGGCUCAUUCGCCUUCUCCAAGACUCCGUCUGUGCCCAUUGCCCUCGCCCUCGGCGUUAACGUGCAAGACGUUUUCAAGCAUAGCAUACUCUUCUCCCGGUUUACCGUGUCGACUGCCACAUCCAGCCCCUUGAGACUGUUUAAGAGCGAGCUGCUCGGAUCGGACCUGUUCGAGUCGCACUUUGGCAUUCCUCCUAGCAAUCCGGUGACCAUCUUCCCGAAGCAGCCGGCGAGCCUGCUCUACAAGAUCACGAGGAAACCAGGGUCUGCAAUAGGCCCGAAGACGCAGAAGACCAUGUACCUGAAGCUCUACUACAGCGUUUUGUAUGAGGAGAUCGAGCAGCGAGUUCGCGAGUCUCUGACGCAGUCGUUGGAGGGUACACCGCUGUGGGAGUACUCUUCCCUUGUCGUGUCGCGUGUGUCGACUCUACUCCAGAGCCUGUCAGAGCACGAUCUUGAGCGAUCGGCACUCCUGGGCGGACUCCGUACGGCCUUCUUGUCCGAGGUGAAGUGGACGAGGUAUUUCGCCGGUCUAGGGAAAAGCGGCAGCAUCGAUGUGGCUUCUGCCCUGUCCGACUUCAUCAUCGCUUGGCAGAAGAGGCAUCACACGAUAGCCAUUCCCCAACCAGACCCCGCCACCAGCGAGCCCAAGUCCAUCCUCAUCCCAGUCGACAUACCCUCUAUCAAGAUCGUCCACACGGCCGACAUCCGCAUCCAGGAGAACGACACAUCGCUGAUACUAGCCGACCCGCUCGUCGGCACAUCCGCCGUCCGCAUCAACCAGCUCCUGCCCGCGACCCUGCACCUCAAGUGGACGCGCAUCUGGGACACGGGCGACACGGCGUCGAGGGAAAUGGGGGAGGACGUCGAGUUUAGCUACGAGGUGACGGCGCCCUCGGACACAUGGCUCCUCGGCGGCCGGAGGAAGGGCCACUUCGUGAUCCCCGGUUUCUCAGAGGAUGACGACGACGACGACGACGACUACAAGGACGCCGGCGGCGCGGGACUGGCGUCCACCCCGGACACGGAGGCAGACAUCUCCCUCCUGCUCGUGCCGCUGCGCGAGGGCUGGCUACCGUACCCGAAUGUCGAGGUCCGGGAGGUGAGCCAAGGGGCGGAUGCCGACGAAAACACCGCCGCCGCCGCCGCCGCCGCCGUCGCUGGUGGUGCUGGGCAGCAGCAGGGCAUCGGCCAAUGCGAGACGGAUUAUCGGAACCUCGGGGAGACGGUCCGCGUCGUUGCCGAUCGCGCAAAGGCCACGCUCAGUCUGGAUGCUAGCGGGCCUGGGGGUGGGCCCCUCGUCUUGGAGAGCGAGCUGUUGGGGCUUGGUGGGAGGGUGGUGGCCUAGGGGUCUUGGGCGGGCCCGGACUGCUGGGUUGAGGCGGCACGGGACGGGGCGGGGCGGGAGAGGCUUAACUCCUUGUCAAUCCUGCGCCAGACUGGCGGAUGAUUGGCGGCUUUCUAGAUAGAAGGGCUUGACUUGGCAUAUGGCGUACGUGUCCGAAUUCCCAAGCGAGCCAAGCUGCCCGUACGGUUUAUCAAUAUCCUCUUCCCCAUGGAGUUCCACCCAGAGUGCAUGUCCAUUACGAGAGUUCAUCAGUAGGGUAAAACUAACCUGUCUCAUAACAGUCUAAACCUAGG